AAGAAGAAGAAGACCACGUGUUUCCUCUUCAGCCUGCUGCAUGGGAGCGAGCAUCUUGUAAAUACAUUAUAUUGAGCCAGAGAACGUUUUAAAAAUGGUUCGUAAAUUAAAGCACCAUGAACAGAAGUUGCUGAAGAAGGUUGACUUCAUCAACUGGGAGGUGGACAACAACCUGCACGAGGUCAAAGUGUUGCGGAGGUUUCACAUCGAAAAGAGGGAGGACUACACCAAGUACAACAAGCUGAGUCGUAACAUCAGGGAUCUCGCCAAGAAAAUCCGAGACCUGGAUGAGAAAGAUGGCUUCAGAGCUCAGAGCACACAUCAACUACUGGAGAAACUGUACUGCAUUGGUGUCUUGCCCACCAGACAGAAUCUGGCCCUCACAGAUAAAGUCACAGCUUCUUCAUUCUGCAGGAGGAGGCUGCCGAGCAUCAUGGUGAGCCUCCGUAUGGCUCAGAACCUGAAGACCGCCAUCACCUUCAUCGAACAAGGACAUGUGCGUGUUGGCACAGACAUCGUCAAAGACCCAGCGUUCCUCGUCACAAGAAAUAUGGAAGAUUUUGUCACAUGGGUGGACUCUUCCAAGAUCAAGCAGCAUGUCAUGAAUUAUAAUGAUGAGAGGGACGACUUUGAUCUGGUGGCAUAAGCCUGUUGUCUAUCAUCCAUUCAUCACCCUGGAGAAUCACUCUACAAGAGGAUGGACCAUGUGUGCGCACAUCCAGGGACAGAUACUCGGGUGCAGGACCAAAAUCUUAGCUGCAGGGCACAGAGGAGGUCUGCACACUGUCAGGCUCCAGGCUUUUUGGAGUUUCACAGUUUGAAUAACUCAACAGUUCAAAUUUUCUAUCAACUGGGAAAUUGUGAGAAGAAAAUAAGUGUCAAUAACUUAAGUUUCAUCUGAGCAAGGGCAGAAGAAAUGCCCAGGCUUUACUUUGUGCACCAAACACCUCUUGUUUGAUGUUGUGAAAAUGAACGACUAAAACCUGACUGACCUGAUCUAUUAACCAUCCAAAAUAUGUGGAUUCAUCAGACUGUAUUUGUGACUGACGAUAUUAACUGCGCCUUCAGCUGCAUAGAUUCUCAGUUGUUUUUUUCCUCAUAUCUCAAUGUUUACUUGAACAUUAGCAGUCAUCACCCUGUGUACAGAGCAGCUUUUAGCGUUGUGUAGGUGACUGUCACCUGUACACCUGUACACACACACACACACUUUUAAUAUUGUUCUUUGUGUGAAUAUGAGCUGGCUUAACAGGAUAUGUACGUGAUCAUGGAAAUGCUGGUUUGUAGGUGUGUGUAUACACCAUAAAGAGGACUGUCGCUCUCUGUUCAUGAUAUUAACAUAGCAUGUGUCAUAAAUACAGCUGUGAAAUAGAAAAUACAAUUUGAUAAAUAUUUAAUAUUUUCAAAAAGACUUUGUUACAAUGUAAACUCUGAACAAUAAACACUUAUCACAGUA